UUUCCGCAUAUGCGAAGAAGAGUCGUUUCGGUGAGGUCAGCAGCGUGUUUUGGAGAAGGCUGGAGGAAGAUGGCGGGGUCCAAGGUGAAGCAGGACAUGCCUCCUCCGGGAGGCUAUGCUGCGUUUGAUUAUAAGAGAAAUCUACCGAAACGAGGACUUUCAGGAUAUAGCAUGUUCGGCAUUGGCAUCGGCCUCAUGGUCUUUGGUUACUGGAGGCUGUUUAGGUGGAACAGAGAGAGGAGGCGCUUGCAGAUUGAGGAGAUGGAAGCCAGGAUAGCUAUGAUGCCCCUGCUGCAGGCAGAGCAAGAUCGAAGAUCCUUACGAAUGCUGAGGGAAAAUUUAGAAGAGGAGGCGGUUCUCAUGAAGGACGUUCCAGGUUGGAAGGUCGGUGAGAGCGUCUUCCACACAGACCGCUGGGUCGCCCCUCUGUCAGAGGAGCUUUUCAACCUCCGGCCCCGUGAGGAGCUUUUGCACAAGCGUUUCGGGUUCUUGUGGUACGUGUAAGCACCACCAAGAUACAGUGUCCAGAGCUCCACCACCUUCAACGUCCCCUUCCAUGUGGACCUGAGCGAUCGCUCAAUUCAGCUUGUAAAUGUUCAAUAUUAAAAUCUUUUUUUCUGUACCUUA